AAUGCAUGUUCAGGCAGACUGUAGUACUUUUUUGCUGUGUUCUGCAAUAGAAUUUCGUGCCGAAAUCGGAGUUCAAUAACUAUUCCAGAGGACAAUAUUUCCUUUCAACAAUACCACGAGAUUUAACUGAAAAGAAUUGUGGAAAAAUAGGAUAUUUGUAUUAAAUCCUUGUAGGAACGACAAUCAAGCCGUGAAACUUCAGAUAACAACAAUCUGCGUGCUUCUCAUUUGGAGCGUUAUAGCCGCGCAGCGCGGUAAAUAUUUGUCACAGGUGAUCUUUAGCACACUCGAGAUACAGUAUCGGUUGUCUCACGUUGACAUACAACAGGCCAAAUCAGCCACCCAACAUCGGGAUGCGAUUAGUAUCAUGUUAUGGGUGAGGCCGUUGAUGUUCGCAUCUUAUCGCUAGCUGACACCGUCCGUAUUGUACACGGAGAAAUAUUCAAUGACGAAUGAUUAAGGUGGGAUUGUUAUCUCGAAAGGACUUCCUAGUUCUUGGAAAAACAUUUCAGUCGGCGUGCUUGUGAUUUAGAUCCUCAAAGGAAGAGCGUUACCUGUUAAGCUUUUAACACGACUGCGCGGAGAUGACGGGUCCCAAAUGGACACCUGCAGUUGUCCUGCUUAUUUCUCUCUGCAAGGUUGUGGUUUGUUUGCCGCCUACAUUUGAUCCGAUAAAUACAAUACAAAUACCUGAGGACACAGCAGCAGGUUCUGCUAUCGGAGUUCUGACUGUGAGAGAUACAACCCCUUCCCACAUCACCUUGACAAUGUCACCGACAACACAACAAAACGUGUAUCUAAACCAGCAUAUUAGCAUCAAUGGAUUUUACAACGCCAGUAUAGUUCUACAGAGAAAGCUGGACUAUGAAACAGACGGCAGCUCGCUGGGACUGGUCUUUACGGCAACUAAUCCAUCAACUCCGGACGGAGUCCGUCAAGAUGUGACUGUCAUCAUCACUGACGUCAAUGAUGUUCACCCACAGUUCCACGGGCUGCCCUACUCUGUCUCCGUCCCAGAGAAUCACAGCAUCAACUCUGUCAUCUUCAUCGCCAAUAGCACAGACCCUGAUACAGGAAUAGGGGGCUUAGUCAACUACACCAUGAAGACAUCAAGGGCAGCUGUCAGAAGCAAGUUCCGUGUGUCCAGGACUGGUAACGUCACACUGAUUGGACCCCUGGACUAUGAAACCCUUAGUUUCUAUCAGUUCACAAUUGUUGCUACAGACGGAGGAGGUCUGACCAGCGAGGCCCAGCUGUUUGUGACUGUAACAGAUGUCCAGGACACACCACCAUACUUUACUGGAAGGCCUUACCUACCUUAUAUCUGGGAGAAUCUUACUGUGAACAGCAACGUCGUGACGAUCUCGGCUCAGGAUGGAGACAGAGGCAACCCCAACAACAUCAUCUACAGGAUCACAGGCGGCACAUGUCCAGGAUAUUUCAACAUCAGCUCAACAAAAGGAACAAUUGACCUAAUGAAGGUUGCUGACAGAGACAGUGGGACAGUUCUCCAGAACAAUGGGAUAUGUGUUAUCGAUGUCCAGGCUGUAGAGGUGACGUCUUCGGGUACAUUCGGUGAUAACGCCAGCGACACGGUGACCGUGACCAUCCAGGACAAGAACGAUAACUCUCCCAGGUUCAACAGCUCCAACUACGAGGCUACCAUCCAGGAAAACAUGCCGACGGGGAUACCCAUCUCCUUCACGACUCAAACAGUACAUGUGGAGGACAAGGACCAGGCUGACAACGCCAAGCUGUCACUGACAUUGGAUUCUUAUUCAUCGACAUACUUUGAGAUUGUCCCGUCCACUGUCCAAGGAUCGGCAACUCUGCUGAUCAGAGUGAAGGAUAACACCAUCCUCGAUUAUGAACAGAGACAGAGUAUUUCACUGACGGUUUGGGCCAACGAGACGUCCACACCAGAGAGAAAAAGUGCAUCUACCACCAUUCAACUUAAUAUUACAAAUCAGAAUGACAACAGUCCCAACUUUACCAACUCAGAAUAUAGCGCAUCAGUCCAGGAGGAUAGUAACGCCUCUACAUCUGUCAUCACCGUCACGGCUGUAGAUGACGAUCUGGAACCCUUCAGAACUGUCACUUAUGCGUUACGAGGUGACGACGGAAUGUUCUCCAUCAGUUCCUCUGGUGAGGUGACAGUGGCCUCUAAUAAGCUGGACAGAGAGACCAAGUCUGUGUACUAUAUCUCCGUGGAGGCCACAGACCCCGGUUUGUUGAAGGACACCGCUCAGCUCACUGUCAACAUCACGGACGCCAACGACAAUCCACCGGUAUUCAGAAGAGAAUACGACGGUUAUUUAAAAGAAAAUGACAACAGUUUUAGUAGGCCCAUUACUGUCUCGGCCACAGACGCUGAUGUAGGGGUCAAUGGUCUAGUGAGGUACAGCAUCAACGGCACCUACCCUCGUGGUCUGGACUCCCACUUCACUGUGGACGGCGUCACAGGUGACCUCUCGGUGCACACUGUUCUGGACUACGAGAACCUCACCAGUAGCCAGGUUGCUGUGUCGGUGAGAGCCACGGACUCAGGGAUACCACCACUCUACUCAGAUGUUAAUGUGACCCUUACUGUGCAGGACGAAAAUGAUAAUACUCCAACAUUCAAAGCACACCCCUACAGCCACGGAAUUAAGGAAGGAACCAGCUUAGGUAAUGUACAAGUCUUUUUUAAAGGAAGCUCGGUAAUCACAGUAUCUGCAACGGAUGAUGACGGAACGGAUCCGAAUGACGUCAUUUAUUACACCAUUGUUAGUGGAGAUGAUGGUAGGUUUCGUAUUAACCCAAACAGUGGACAAAUAUCUACAAGUGGCAUCCUGGACUAUGAAUCGAAGGCAGCUUACAACAUGGUCGUAAUGGUUCAAGACAGAGGCUCCCCUGAACGUAAUUCAACUGCAGCUGUUAAUAUCAGCAUCAUUAAUGUCAAUGAUGAAACGCCUAAAUUUAAUGUCAGUGAUAAAACUGUCAGUGUUUAUGAGAACAUCACCACGGAUGAACAUGUAGAAGACUUCAGCGCUACUGAUGCCGACCCCGACAGACGACUUGAGUACACCGUUACCCUAGUCACCGGUAUCAAUGAGGAACAGCAAGACGUUUCAUCACAAGUACAGGACUGGUUCAGCGUUAACAAGUCAACAGGUGAAAUCCGUGCUUCUCGCAACAUUGAUCGAGAAACUGCUCAACAGGUCACUCUUAGUUUACAAGUGAAUGACACAAAUGCAAGUGCUGGAUUUCAACCUCAAAUCGAUACAGGAACUCUCGUCAUCAAUAUACUUGACGUCGACGACAACGACCCAAAGUUUAAUCAAAACGCCUACAGUGCGUCUAUAACAGAAAACAUGGACCGGGGAACACCCAUCACCUUCAGUACACCAGAUUCUAUGAACGUUUCUGACAUCGACCUGAGGGACAACAGCUACCUGUCCUUGACCUUGUCUGGCACAUAUGCUGGAUACUUCACCAUAUCCCCGGACACGGUGCAGUCGUCGGCGACUCUGUCAAUCAGGGUAGACAACUCGACCAUACUGGACUAUGAAAUGAGACAGUCAAUAACACUGACUGUAGUUGCCAGUGAGCCACGUGGGGGUAACCACCUUAAUAGCAGCUGUACUGUUACGUUGUCUAUACUCGACGCCAACGACAACGACCCGGAGUUCCAAAAAGUUCCCUACUCAGCUGACGUCAGGGAGAACGUUACGGACAACACACUCGUAUACACCGUGAACGCUACCGAUGUAGACACGGGAUCAGGGGGCAAUGUGACCUACACCCUACAGGGAGACCAAACAUACUUCAGGAUAGACACCUUCAGUGGCCAGGUGCACACGAGGGGGAGGGGCCUGGACAGAGAGAUAACUGACACGUACUAUCUGACGGUUCAGGCUACCGACGGUGGAGGGCGACGACAAACAACGUUGCUCACAAUUAACAUCACCGACGCCAACGACGAAGCUCCCAGCUUCAGAAGAGACUAUUACGAUGGCAACCUUAUCGACGGAAAAGAUGCCUUUACUAGGCCAAUCAUUUUGAAGGCUACCGACGACGACGAACCGAAUACCAAUAACAGCCGAGUCCGGUACAGCAUAACCAAGUCGCCAGUAGGUCUUCAAAACAACUUUAGCGUGGACCCGGAGUCAGGUGUGAUGACGGUGGUUGGUGUGUUUGACUAUGAGAGCCUUGAUGCUAGUAUCAGCGAUACUCUAACCUUCAACGUUACAGCGUCUGAUCUAGGCUCUCCAGUUUUGUCAUCAAGCGUGGUUGUCAAUAUCUCAAUCCAGGAUUUUAAUGACUUCACGCCAGCAUUCCAUUCAGCGAUAUAUACGGCAAGCGUGAGAGAAGAUAUUUCACAAGGGCAAAAUAUAACCAGAGUUGGUGCAACAGACGGCGACAGAACGUCUCCAAACAAGGACAUUUUCUACAUGAUUGAGAGCGGAGGAUUAGGAAAAUUUCGAAUAGAUAGCUCAUCUGGUGAGAUAUUACGUGCUGGUGAGCUAGAUAAGGAGAAGGAGGCUUAUUACAGUCUCGUGGUGGUUGCCAUGGACAGAGGAACUCCAUCUCUCUCCAGUUCUACUAUCGUCAACGUAACCGUCACAGAUGUCAAUGAUGUGGCUCCGGUAUUUCAGCCAUCAUCUAUGUCAGUGGACGUUAAUGAGACAACAAGCAUGGAUGUGAUCUUUACUGCUUACGAUCCCGAUGAUGACGCUAACCUGACCUACACGAUUGAGUGGUCACGGAGCUCCGCUGUGGAUGGGGAACAGAAAAGUAUUACCACCGGAAAACUCAAGACUGUGUUCAGCAUUGACGAGCUCAGGGGAGAUGUGCGUGUUCGAAGUAGCCUUGACCGUGAGGACAUGGAGUUGGUGACGUUGGUCAUUAACGUCAGGGAUGCUAAUGGUGACUCGUCACAGACAGCAACAGGGACGCUGAUCAUCAAUGUAAUCGACGUUGAUGACAAUAAGCCAUUGUUCAACAACGACACAUACAUUGCCGAUAUCAAGGAGAAUAUGGCAACUGGAAUCCCUAUCAGUUUCAAGAUUCCUAACAACAUGACCGUCUCUGACAAAGACAAGGGUGAGAACAGCAUGUUUGAUCUGAGUCUAGUUGGGGGUGACGACUUCACCCCGGUGCCCCAGGCCGUCAGGUCAUCUGCUACUGUGCUCAUCACUGUAAAGAAUCCGGACAUCUUGGACUACGAACUGAGACAUUCAGUCAAUUUCACUAUUAUGGCCAAAGAGCAGCAUGGGAGUGGCUUCAAUACAACAGCGUUUGUUCAACUUAAUAUUCUGGACGUCAAUGACAACGAUCCCAAGUUCGUAAAAACAGAAUACACGGCCGAGAUUCGUGAAGAUAAAAUCAUGGGGACGAGAGUUGUUAACGUCACAGCGACGGACGAGGACUCUGCCGAAUUUGGUAUGGGAGCGUACACUCUACAAGGAGGACAAAAUCUUUUCGACAUAAACAAUGCGACGGGCGAGGUGACUGUGGCCAAUGGAACACUUGACCGGGAGCGUCAGUCUCAGUAUUUCCUUACCGUGGUCGCCACCGACAAAGGCGGACGUCGUUCCACCGUGCAGUUGACGGUCAACGUCACCGAUUACAACGACAACGCUCCACUGUUUAUCAGGGACGGCUAUGACGCUGUGCUGAAAGAAAACAAUGCAGCGUUUGACAAGACUGUAAAAGUUCAGGCUACGGACCUUGAUGAAGGUAUGAACAGUCAAAUACAAUUCUCAUUAAACCCUUCAACGUAUAGUGCUAAUUUUACUAUCGACCCAACUUCCGGGGACAUAACUCCAACAGCUGAGUUAGACUACGAACGCCUGAACAGCUCGAUCGGUGGCCUAAUCCAACUCGUGGUGAUUGCCACGGAUAAAGGAAACCCUCCGCUGUCAUCUAAUGUGACACUAUCUAUUCAAGUUCAGGAUUUGAAUGACAAUACCCCUGUAUUUGACAGCUUCUCGUACACGUACAAUAUCACGGAAAACUCAAACAUAAGUUCUGAAGUGGGCAAGGUUUUAGCACAGGAUGGCGACGGAAGCGCCCCGAACAAUGAAAUAUUCUACCUGAUCCAGAGCGGGAGUUCAGAUAAAUUUACCAUCAACAGUACGACGGGCGACAUAGUCACCAGCGGGAGUCUAGACAGAGAGGCAGAGGCCCAAUACAGCCUGGCAGUGGUUGCCAUAGACAGAGGUAACCCACCGCGUUCAGGAACGACAUCCGUGACAGUACACAUCAUCAACAUCAAUGAUGAAACACCUGUGUUUGCACAAACAUCAGUCACUCGCAGCGUUGAGGAGAACCAAAAUGCCUCUCAAGUAUUGUAUAAAGUAUCUGCUAAGGAUGACGACGAGGAUGCUUUACUGAACUACACCGUCGUCUGGAGCGGAAGUGAAGCAUUUGACGACAAACAAACCUCGCUUGGCACGUCUUUCCUGCAGGGUCUUCUCCGCGUUGAUUCCCGCACUGGGGAAAUCCUCCUGAAGCAAACCCUGGACAGAGAGCAGGUAGAAACCAUCAGACUCGCCAUACAUGUGGAAGACGAAAAUGCACAAGACCCCUCUCCACAAACAGCCACAGCAACCAUCACAUUCAUCGUCCUCGAUGAGAAUGACAACGACCCGGAGUUCGACAACAGUACCGUACAUGCAAGCAUCGACGAGAACGCCCAGCCUGGGACGCCCAUCAGUUUCAGUCAGUCAUUGGCUCUUGGAGUCAGUGACCUGGACAAGGACAUAAACAGUGUCUUCAACCUGAGCUUAUCUCGAUACACUGACAACUUUGAGCUGGUCCCUGUGCUGGUCAGGUCAUCAGCCUCAGUACUCGUUAGGGUCACGAAUAACACCAUACUGGACUUCGAGAAAACUAGCAGUAUAUCAUUUACUAUCAUUGCCCGGGAGACCCAGACAUCGGAGCACCGCAGUAGCAGUGCACGUGUCACUCUUGUCAUCAAUGACGUCAACGACCACGAUCCCAAGUUUGGCUCAACAUCAUACACAGCCAGCGUCGCUGAAAACAGCCGAAUUGAAACCAGUGUGAUCCUCAUAAAUGCGACUGAUGCUGAUUCAAGUAAAUUUGGGAUGGGGACUUAUUCCUUCCAGAGAAGUGAAGAAAAGUUUGCAAUCAACGCUACAAGUGGCGAGGUGUAUGUAACAGGUGCUCUAGACCGAGAAACAAAGUCUGAAUACUCAAUCACUGUGCUGGCCACGGAUCUCGGAGGGCGUACACAGUCGGUCGCCCUGACGGUCAACAUCACGGACGUGAAUGAUGAAACUCCUACUUUUCAAAGAAACGAUUACUCAGCAGUUCUGGUAGAGAACACCACUGCGUUUAUAACACCACUACAAGUACAGGCAACUGAUGCUGAUGAACCCAACACACAAAACAGCCGAAUUGCCUACAGGAUCGACUCAGCAUAUCCCAAUCUUAUCUCCAGUUUUAGUGUCAAUAGUUCGUCAGGUUUGAUUGAACCUGUCAAACCCGUUGACUAUGACACCUUAGGUAAUGGUACAAUUGUCCUGGUGGUCGUCGCUACUGAUGGAGGAACGAAGCCGAGGUCAUCAAACGUCACUGUCACAAUCACUGUUGAAGACAUUAAUGAUAACAGCCCAACGUUCAAGAAUUCGUCUUACAGCUCCUCUAUAUCAGAAGCUAGCGGUCUUGAUACCCCAGUUGUUACGGUUCAAGCAACUGAUGCUGACGGAAGUGCUCCCAACAAUCAGGUCUUCUACCUCAUAGAAAGUGGAGCGUCGGACGCAUUUAAGAUCAAUGGCUCAUCAGGGGAGAUAACCGUUGCUGGUGACUUGGACAGAGAGACAACCUCGAAAUAUACUCUUCGUGUGAAGGCCAUGGACAGGGGGUCCCCGGUUCUCUCUUCCUUUGUCAGUGUAACCAUCAUCAUCCUUGACGUCAAUGACCAGAAUCCAGUGUUUUCCCCGGAUGUACAGUUUACCGACGUGAAUGAGACUUCAUCGAAAGAGACCUUUUAUACGUUCAAUGCCACAGACCAAGACACGGAUUCUAGUUUAUCAUACAUCAUCAGCUGGUAUGAGAGUAGUGGUCGAGAUGAUCAACAGAGGGUAGUCAGUGAAUCCUAUCUACAGAGUGUUGUUGGCAUCAAUUCGGCAAGUGGAGAAGUGAAUACUGUUGGAAUCUUGGACAGAGAGCGACUGGUAGCAAUCACUCUGGUCAUCGUUGUAACGGACACCAAUGCCAACACUACAGGACAGACUGCUACAGGGACUCUGUCAAUAACAGUGAUGGACGUCGACGACAAUUCUCCAGUGUUCUCCGUCUCAAGUUACUCAGCCGAGAUACAGGAAAAUAUGCCAGACGGCACUCCAAUAACCUUCACGACGCCCACUGACAUGAAUGUGUCCGAUGCCGAUUAUGAGACAAAUAGUGAGUUUGAACUGACAAUCGCCGGGGCAAUGGCUGGUGUAUUUACCCCCGUCCCAAACAGAGUCAGAUCCUCCUCAUCCGUCAUCCUCCGAGUACUCAACUCAACAUGGUUGGACUACGAAAAACACCAUAGCUUCAGAAUUAAGCUGAUUGCAAAAGAAACAAAGACACUUUCUCAACGAAGUUCUACAGCCACGGUCAAUGUUAAUGUUCUCGACGCCAACGACAACAGCCCAACAUUUCUGAACACUUCCUACAGCGUCACUAUACCAGAGAAUGAAAGCAGUUCAACCAGUAUUGUCAAUAUAACCGCCACGGAUCCGGAUUCAGAUCAAUACUCAAUGGGAACAUACACACUAAGUGGGAGUGAGAACAAGUUUUUGAUCGCCAAUACCACUGGUGAAGUGACGGUUGUUGCCAUUCUGGACAGAGAGUUGAAGAGCCAGUAUAUCAUGACCGUGACGGCUGAAGACAAAGGCGGUCGGAAACAAACAGUUCCCCUCACUGUCACCUUGUCGGAUGUCAACGACAAGAGCCCAAAAUUCAGAAUAAGCGAAUACAUCGGAAACAUCAAGGAAAAUCAAAAUAAUUUUUCUUCCGAAGUCAGAGUAUCGGCGACUGAUGCUGACGAAAGUUCUAGUCCUAAUAGCCAGAUAACCUUCAGCCUUGACUCGUCCAACGCACUUGCGGGUAAUCUUUCGAUAAACGGAUCGAGUGGAGUUAUCUCCCCUAGGGGACCACUGGACUAUGAAAAGCUUCCACCAAGCCUCUCCGGGACCAUUGUUCUUACUGUUAUUGCCACUGAUGGCGGCGUUCCUACUCUGUCCUCUACUGCUACACUCCGCAUAAACGUACAGGAUGAAAAUGACAACGCACCUGUGUUUAAUGAAACUGAGUUCAGCGGUGAUGUGAUGGAAGCUGGAAACCCGGGUGAGCACAUCUUGCAAGUGAAAGCCACCGACAGUGACGGCACAGCCCAGAACAGCGACGUCUUUUACAUACUUUUGGGAGAAGGUUCUUACAAGUUCCAGAUUGAUGGAUCCUCUGGGAACAUCUCGACGGCAGCUACCUUGGAUCGAGAGUUCAAAGCUGAAUACAACCUGACGGUCAUGGCGAUGGACAGAGGCACACCUCCACGCAGUAGCAGUGCCACCGUCAUCAUUAACGUUACAGACGUCAAUGAUGAUGUUCCCAAGUUCCGCCAACCCACAGUGUCCGAGUCUGUACCGGAGACAAACAACGUUGGCAGUAUUCUGUACACCAUGUCGGCGAUAGAUCAUGAUCAAGACGCCAACUUAGUUUACACCAUCUUCUGGAACGACAGCUCUGCCUCAGAUGAAGAUCUAAAUCCUGUUAAUAGGUCAAGAUUACAGGAAAUACUGAAAGUUAAUAAUUCCACCGGCGGUAUAGUUCUAAAGAGUGACCUUGACCGAGAGGAGAUUGAACUUAUCACGCUGAAGCUUCAUGUGAUUGACACCAACGGUAAACGAAGGACACCCCAGACAGCAACGGCUACACUGACGUUGUCGGUGAUUGACGUUGACGACAACGACCCAUCAUUUAACGACCAAACGUACACAGCAUUUAUAGAGGAGAACUCCCAACACGGCAUUCCCAUCACUCUCCAGUCCCCUUCAAGCAUCACCGUGGAGGACAAAGACAAGGACCUUAACAGCGUCUUUUCCCUGAGUCUGAAGACCUACAGUGAUGUGUUUGAUGUCGUGCCCAGCGUUGCAAUGUCCACUGCUACUGUACUCAUCAGAGUGAAAAACUCAACACAGCUUGAUUAUGAAACCAUUAAGAACAUGACCCUUACUCUGAUGGCCAACGAAACCAAAGUUCCCAACCCAAGGAAUUCAACCGUGACAAUCGUCUUGACCAUCACCGAUGCCAACGAUAACGCUCCUGUGUUUGACAACAGUAGCUACGCCGGCAGUGUCUGCGAGAACGCCAGUGCUGGUCAUUCAAUUUUGCAAGUAGCGGCUCAUGACAACGACUCACCGAAAUUUAAUGUGGACGAAUACCGCUUAUUGGGGACACAUGCAGUCUUUGCCGUUAACCACACCACGGGCAUACUGUCGGUAGCCCAAGCCAAUGAGCUUGACCGAGAGACACAAGCUACUUACAGCCUUACUGUGGAGGUCGUGGACAAGGGAGGUCUGAGGUCAUCAGUUGAUGUUACCGUUAAUGUUACUGAUUUCAACGACAACCCCCCUGUAUUCAAUAAAGUGGAAUACAGCGCAAACCUCAGGGAAGGAGAAUUACAUUUCGAUCGACCUUUACUUAUCAAGACCACGGAUAAUGACCUCAAAGGUACCAACAACACUGCUGUGUCUUACUCCAUACAGUCGCCCUCGACUUACCUAAAUGCCAAGUUCUCAAUCAACAGUACAGGAGUAUUGACACCUGAGGGCGCGAUCGACUUUGAGGCUCUUUCCAGCGAAUCAAGGUCGGGAAUCAAACUUCUGGUGGUAGCUACAGACGGCGGAUCUCCAGCACUGUCGUCUAAUGUGACUGUCACCAUACAAGUUCAGGACAUAAAUGACAACACACCGCAGUUUACGAACGAACCAUACACAGCUUCAAUUCCUGAAAACGCCACAGAAGGUACAUCUGUGGUGGAUGUAUCCGCGACGGAUAAUGACGGGGAGAACCCCAACAAUCAGGUGAUGUUUGUCAUAGACUCUGGUGGCUCGGACAACUUCAGAGUGAACGGAAGGACAGGCGCCAUCACCGUCCAAACAGGAGCUGCGCUUGACCGGGAGCGAGAACAAAGCUACAGUCUCGUUGUUGUCACCAUUGACCAAGGAACUCCCCCUUUAUCUUCUAAUACCACUGUGUCAGUCACAAUAACGGACGUGAAUGACGAACCACCUUUCUUUAACUUGACCAGCAACACAGCCAGUUUUACUGAAAAUGGUACAGGGAAAUGUUCCUAUAGGUUCAAUGCCUAUGAUCAAGAUGAGGACAAUUUACUCAAUUAUACUAUCUUGUGGGAUAGAAGCCAUGCGUAUGACGAAAGAGGAAGCACCGUCAACAUUUCACUAGUCAAGGACUGGUUCACCGUGAAUGCAACGACAGGCGAUUUGUGCUCGCUGCCCUCUGUGAUAGACAGGGAGACCGCCGAGUCCAUCACUAUCAUGGUCCAAGUCAAAGACCUUAAUGCAGAGGAACACAUCGACACACAAACUGCUACUGCUUCUGUUCCUGUGACCAUCAAGGACAUAAACGACAACUAUCCCCAUAUAGUCCAGGGUAGCAACAUCGCAGUGAACGUGUCGGAGGGGACACCGGUGGGGACAGUCAUCAUCACCCUCGACGCCACGGACAGAGACCAGAGACAAACAGUGACCUUCUCAACCAAAUCCACCAAUUUUAGCAUCACACAAGAGGGUCGCAUAUCACUGGUUGGAGCGCUUGACCGUGAAUCCGCGUCGACAGUUAACUUCACGAUCUUGGCCACCGACGACGGUUCUCCACCUCUGACAUCUACAUCCACCAUCAACAUCGUGGUUCUGGACACCAACGACAAUGACCCUGAAUUCAAAAAGUCAACCUACACCUUUAACAUAUCUGAGGGCAGCCCCAAUGGAACGGUGGUGGGUACAGUUACCGCCACGGAUAAGGACGCUGGUCACAACGCUAACGUUACAUAUCUAUUGGCGGAUGACAAAGGGGGACUUUUCCGCAUGGACAGCAUUUCUGGUGGGAUCAUCUUAGAAGGACUACUGGACCGCGAAUACGUGAGCACAUACAGCCUAACUGUUACAGCCCGAGACAACCCACUAUUCGAAACACCGAGGUUAAAACGGACAACCAUCACCAUUAAUGUAACAGACGUUAACGACAACAGCCCCCAAUUCGACAGCGACUACCAUAACCUGAUCACUGAGAAAACAAAGCAAGGUGGCGCUAUACUAACAGUGCAUGCAACUGACAUGGAUAUUGGCGACAACGGUAAAGUGUGGUACUCUCUUCAAGACGAGACUGUCAACGCUACUUCUUUAUUCGCCAUUAAUGCUAGCACAGGAGCUAUCACAGCAGCGGAAGACCUGUUAGGGCUGGCCGAGACUUAUAGUCUGAUAGUCGUGGCCACCGACGAGGGUACUGGAAACCUCACUGGCAACGCCACUGUGACUGUUACUGUAUUAGACGAGAACCUCAACAGCCCCGUCUUUGUCAACGUUACCGAUAUCCCCCGAAUUCCAGAGUGUUCCCGGAAGUACUCGACUAUCUUCCGGUUUUACGCUACUGAUGCGGACAAAGAUAAGGUUAACAAUGGUAAGGUGGAGUUCAAUAUGACCAACGACACGCCAGUCGUCACCAAACAGCUCUUCAGUCUAGACAAGGUUACAGGAUCAUUAAUAAUUAUCGGGGAACUGAACAGCGAAACGCAGAGUAAAUUUACAUUGAAGGUUAUGGCGUAUGACCUGGGACUCCCCAGUCUGUCUACCAUUUCCCGUCCGUACACUAUUAAUCUGAGGGACGUCAAUGAUAACCCACCGGUGUUCAAUCAGUCCGACACAAGUCAGAAGCAUUUCUCUGUGUCUGAGAACGUCAUCAACACUUCACUUGGACCCAUCCGAGCUGUAGACCCGGACAAGGAUUCCCAAAUCUGCUACACUAUAUCAGACACGAUUUAUACUGUCAAUCUGAAGACGAGGAUCUCUGCUGACAACAGGACAUUGCACCUAGAUGUCAUCCAAACGUUUGACAGAGAGAAUGUGACUGAGUUCACAGUGAAAGUCACAGCCACAGAUUGCUCACCAGCGUACUACUACAAGCUGUGUGAUAACUCGACUUCCAGCCUCACAACCAACGAAACGUCCAUCCUCGUAACAAUUACAGUGCUGGAUGUGAAUGACAACCCACCCGUCUACCGCCAGCCUGUCUUGUCAAAGGGAAUACGCAAUACUGUGACUUUGGGCAGAACCAUUUUUAAUCUUGAUACACUGGUGUAUGAUCGUGACAGCCCUAAAUUCAGUCAACAUAGCUUCUACAGGGUCAACUCCACAGAAGCAGACACCAGCCUCCUGCGAACGGGGUAUAACUCUGAGAAACACCCCAUCCCCAUCUCUGUGACAGGAAACGGCACGGUUGCCACCAAUAUGUCCUUCUCGGCUGUCAUGUACGGAUUCUUCAUCAUGAAGGUGGCCGUCAGCGACAGCGCGGGGAUGGAUGUGGCAGACCUGAAGAUUUUCAUCAUUGCCGACUUCCAAGUUUUGAAAAUCACAUUCCUGCAAAGUAUCGAUGACGUCUUAAAGAUACAGGACAAUGUUUUAAGUGACAUGAGUAACGCAACAGGUUACACAUUUCUCACCAAUGAUGACGUUGCGUCUCACCUUGACCAGGAUGGAAAUGUACAGCCCUACCACUCAGACAUGUUUGUACAUGCAGUGGAUCCUGCGUCUGGUGAAAUACUGGAUGCAGAAAGCACGAGAAGGAUUAUUGACAGAAAUCAAGGUCUUGGAUACAAACUCAUUAACAAGUACAAAGUCACACAAGUUGGGGAAGCUGACGCUACCGUUGCUAAGCGCGACGACAGCGAGAAACGAAUGUACAUCCUCAUCGCCAUCGUCUGUCUCCUGAGUUUCACCUUGCUCCUCCUCAUCUACAUCUCCUGUAACAGGAUACAGAGAUAUAAGCGAAAACUUAAGGCAGCGACGAUUGACGUGAAAGGGCCAAUUCAUGAAGAAGGGGAAGAGAGCGGCUUUGUAAAUAUCAAUCCACUGUUCAAUAAAGAAAUCGCCCUUCAUCAGGAGACGGAAACACAAAGCAUUGCGUCAGGCGACUCGCUGGACAACAACCAGGUCCUCGACGAGGGUCGGGCGAAGGAAGACGAUGAACAGGAGAUCACAGUCAAUUUCUUUGACGAGAAACAGCAGAUCCGGUACGGCAACAACGCUCUUGGGGAGGUGCUGCGGCAAUACGACUUCAUCGACGAGGAAAUGGGGACACGGGGGCACGACUUGGGGGAUUCUGCCAGCUCCAGCUCGGAACAAGGGGAAACACAGGGCAAAUUAGUCGUUGGAAGAAGACAAAAUUUGGGAGAUCUCGAUGACCUGGAAUCUACAGAGAUUUGAAAAGUGUCACUGAUCAAUGAACUGAAGUGAAAAGACCCUAGACAACAGAAACAUACGUGAAGGAAUACAUUCUGUGUAGGUAAAUGACACUGAAACAUACUUUGACGAUACUUUGCAGUAUGUACACGCUCCUUUUACGUUAUGUCAGUGCCUUCUUUUAUAACUUCUUCUUUGUUGGUACUUACUUGUGUGCUGUGAUGAUGUUUUGUUAUGACAACGUCAGGCUGUGCCUUGAAGACAGACUGUCCUUCAAUUAUGAAUUCCCAGCAUAUUGUUGUCGUUGGAGUACUCACAUGAACUUCUAGAGCAUGUACCGAAUGUACAUGUGGUAAUUAUGAUUUAUUGACUUGAUCUGUCUUGGACUAUUAUAUACAGUGAAACCUCUUUAGUCUCGACCCCAUUAAUCCGGGAACGACGCUAAUCCGGUCACCCCGUCAAUCCGGACGACUUCUACAUACAUAAAAAAGAGAUGACUCCGUGACACUGAUAUGUUAUUCCGAACAUUUGUUUAUCCGGACGAUUUGACUGGUAAUUGUACAUGUACCGUGCCGAUUAAGGGAGUUUCACUGUAUGGUCAAACAUUGUAGCCACGAUAAUAGUUUCCAUUUUGGUAUGAUCAGCACAUAGCUGACAUUGAGUUGUGUCUAAGUGCUAGUUUGUUUUGUUUUUUAAUUGUUGUUAUGGUUUGAAAACAGUACGAAUUCUUGUUUUGUGCUUACUGUUAUCUGCAGCUCUUCGUUCACAUACACGAACAUAUUGCUGACAGUUGUUUGACAUCACCAGCAUAUGAAAUGGUGUCAAUAAUAUAUGCAUAUUUGUACUUUUAUAUUGAUGUAACUCCCAUGUCAUUGCUAGACGAAUGUGCUUUAAAGGGAACUCGGUACGUUACAAGCUGUUGAUCAGCAAAUAUACAGGUACGCGAGACCACAAUAUAUUAAUUAUUUUAUUUUCAUCGGAAUUUAUAAAGAAAACGUGGGGCAUGAAUUAUUUUAAUGCAUUUUACUUUUGAAACCAAACUGAUAAAGGCAUCUGUGUACAUGAAACACGAAUGCUCGGCAGGACUUAUAUUAUGGUGUAAUUAAUCAAGCAAAGAAAGAUCGGAAUCAGUAAUUUUCUUCAUCUGCAGGAUGAAAAUGAUGUGAGGCAGGCAGGAUAAAAAAAUAUAAUUAAUUUAUUAUGGCCUCAGGAUAAAAAUCAAAAUAAGAUAUUGGUGCAAUAGGGUAACAAUUGCCAAGCAGUAUUAAAAUAAGGCACAGGCAGUAUUAUGAUGUGGAUAUUUAUGAACGUUAUCAUUGUUGGUAUCUGAACAUGAUUAAAUCAUGCAUGUCAAUUGUUGAUCGAUGACAAAUCAUAUAGGAUCGUCGUUUGUUAUGUUAUUGACGUUCAUCUGAAUCAGUGUGAUAUGAUAAAUAUCAUGAAUGAGAUGUUGACAUAAACUGGAUGCAGUCAAACUGGUCGCAGUGUGAGAAGACAAAAAUAAAUUAUUUUCUUAAUAUGGUCA